AUGUCAGGUAUCAUUAAGAUAUCUCAUCCCAUUACCGCCUAUGCGACGAUAGGAGGUCAAGGAAAUUAUUCAAUCAAUAGUAAAGUUCACAAAUUUGAUGACAACAAUAUGAUUAAAGGCGGUUAUGGGGGUGGAGGAAACGCGUAUAACUACUAUCUUUGCGAAAAUGACUAUGGUACAGGAAGUGGCGGUGGUCAAACCUCUGUCAAAUUCCUCACAAACGAUCUUUGGCACCGAGUGAUCGUGGCAGGUGCUGGAGGUUGGUCUGAUAAUUCAUAUACCGAAUCUAACUAUGUAGAUGAUGGAUCAGGCGGUUUAGGUGGCGGCUUUAUUGCCCAAGGUUAUUGGGUUGAUGGUGUCCUUAACUCAGAUCGAAUUGCGAAUUCCACUUUUGGUUUCACUUUCGGCUCAGGAGAAUCAGCUCGACAAAAAGGUUCGUUGAAUCCAUAUGGCCAGCAUGAUUAUGAUAUACUAGUCGAUAGACCAGGUGCUGGCAGCGGAUGGUUCGGAGGAUUUGCAGGUCACCAUGGAAAUGCAGGCUCGGGAGGUGGCAGUUCUUGGGCACUCUCUGCUGAAGCAAUCUUUCCAGAAGGAGAAAUAUAUGCAAAUGGAAGUUUUUACAAUGAAACCGAAAGUCACCCGUACUUCUUCAGUUUGAAUGAUGGGUAUGUUUUCACUGAAGUCAAAACAUAUCCAGGCGUUUGGGUUGGUAAUGGAAGACUUGUAAUCACCGUUCUCGAUAGUAUUAUCUGCCCAUCAUGUGCAUGUUUUAAUCGUAUUAGUUUUAUGUAUGAACUAUUGUUUGUUUUGGUUUUAGAAACAAAUGCUAAAUAA